AUGCCCAACCUGAAACAGAUUCCCCGAGAAAUUUUCGAUCUUAUAGUGGAAGGGCUCAGCCCUAAUUCGACCAAGAAUAUCGCAGAUGCCCUUCUAUUCAGUGAAAAGCAAGAAAACAUACUUUGGAGAGUGAUAUUCAAGAACGAUAAAUGGAUCGACGAAGCGUUCAAACUAGGGGCCUGCCCCGCGCUUAUUGGCCCAAAGUUAGAUUUGAUUGGGAUGCCCAACUACAAAGGCUCCCAUCGCCAUCACAUUCUUCUAUCGACAAACGAUUAUUCGGGUGACCUUCAAUACUCUCAGAAACUUUUAUUUGAGUCUCUUAGAGAAGGGUAUCAUUACGAUGAAACCAAGUUUAAAGUCACCCUUCCGGAAACCAACUUUAUAAGCCCUGAUAAGCGGAAGAUGAAGAUCCCAGAAAUUGUACUUCAUGUGAAAGAUGCUAUCAAGCCCUGGGAAACUAUCCGCCUCUCGAGGAGAGCCAUUCGAAGAUUAUUUGAAAAGAUCGUCGUACGAACACAGUACUCUUUUGCGAGGCAAAAGAAAGUCUGCAGUCUACAAAGUCCAUACAUUUAUGGAAUGGGAGGAAGCAUUUCCAAGCCAGAGGCACUUCUUCCGAUAUGUGGCAUGCAUCCCGUUUGCUGCGGGAAAGAAUGGGUGACCAUUUUGGUUGCACCCAAAUGCCCCCCCGUGAGUCCAAUUCACAGUGACGGGAAGAGAGGUCGCAUCGUCGGCUGGGAACCCAGAUUUUAG